UUUGACAAACACAGUUGUAGACUCGAUUGAAUAAUGACAGAAGUGUGAUAGAGACAGAUCAUACGUAAUAAAAUAGACAUUUGUAUUUCUAAAAAGAAUUUAACCGAACAUCGCAUUCACACACACGUUUUUCUUACAUAGCUUGUUAAGUCUGUUGAUAAGUGAGAGUCAAUUUAAAGGUUUAUUCAAGUUGUCAUUUAAAAUAAUUCUAUUUCUAGACUCAGUCAACACUGCAAGAUUUAUUGUUGUUUGGUAAAUCAAUUAAUCCUAAUUAGUUUAUUAAAAAUGAGUCACCCAUUAUUAUCCUCGUGGCUGAUUUGAGAAUAACAACAAACAUUCGCAAGUAAUGGAGUGAUUUCGAAAUCACUUUAAAACGUCAAUAAACACUAAUUACUUACGUAUUUUAAAAAUAUGGAAGAUGAACAGACAAGUGGUAGAGAAGCUAACAAAAUUUGUGGUGUUUGUGGAGACCGAGCUUUGGGAUAUAAUUUUAAUGCUGUGUCAUGUGAAAGCUGCAAAGCUUUUUUCAGGAGAAAUGCCCUAAAAAAUAAGGAUCUUAGGUGUCCAUUUUCUGAGAACUGUAAUGUCACACCUGUAACUCGGCGAUUUUGUCAAAAAUGCCGGCUGGACAAGUGUUUCAGUAUCGGCAUGAGGAAGGAGUAUAUAAUGACAGAAGAAGACAAGGUCCUCAAGCGACAGAAAGUGGAGCAAAAUAGAGCAAAAAAAAGGUCGUCUGAGGAGCUAAGAGGUCCCAAAAUGAAGAGAGAAAUUAUUGAAGAUGCUAACUUUGACGACACUUCAAUGUCAGUUGCUUCAGUAGCUUCAACAGUGUCUGAGACUUACUUCUGGGAGUCUGAUAAAAAGUACACUGACUUAGACGGGAACAGAGAGCGUACUAUUGAGAGUAUGAGUCCAACCACUGCUGCAAGUGUACCUAGUCCUUCUAGCCCUCCAGAGAACCGAGAUAUAAUUGGUUCUAAAACACUAGACAUGCUUAAAGAUUCAGCGCAGCCGAGUCAGUCAUUUCAAAAAUGCAAUCCUCAUUUAUCUACAAAGAAUCCUUGCAGUUCAGAGAAACUUAUUACGUGUAAUGAGUCACUGAAUAAUAAAGAGUAUUCUCACCUUGAUAAUUGUGGAGAUACUGGCAGGUUAGAAGAAAAUAAUGUAAUUGAAGAUAAAAGUACAGAGCUUGUACGUUUAUCAAGAGACAGACCUGAAAGUUCUGUGAUUGAAGAUUGUACAAAAAAUGGACAUAAAAAUUCAUCAAUUUUUGCUGAAAAAUUGACGAUAAAAUCAGACUUUUUUAUUAAAAUUCUCCAAGAUAAUCCUCAACUGGUUGCUAAAUUAUUAGAAGACAAAAGUACUGUUACUAAGAUGAUGUCAGAGCCGCAAGUUGCAAUUAUGUUAGCGAAUGAUCCACAGGUAUCGAGGCUUUUAGAGCUUGAUAGUGAUGAGUCUAGUAAAUCAAAUAAUUUAACAACUAGUAGAGGCUCUAAUAAUAUUAUUUGUAAUUUAUUGGAUUCAGAGCAACAAAAUAGUGAUAAUCCUAUUUUAACUAAUUUAAUUACAAGCCAUAAGUCUAGUGAAAGUGAUAAUAAAGUUGAUGAGUUCAAUGGUAGGAAUGACUGGAGUAGAGAAACCGAUGAUGUUACUAGGGAUGUAGUUCAAGAUGUUCAAAGAAUUCCUAUAGCGGCAAAUUCGAUAGAAUCGAUACUCUGUGAGGCUAUUAAAUUAGAAUUUUCAGCUUAUUCUGCGUUAAGAGGGAAUCAAAAUAGUCGGGAAUUGAAUGAUGCUGAACGGGCUAAAUUAAAUGAGUUAAUUGUUGCUAAUAAAGCACUGCUUGCGCCUUUAGAUGAUGAUAUUACGAAUUUGAUUGGUGAAGAAUGUAGAUUCAAGGGUACUGCCGAAUAUUCUGAUCCGAUGCUUUUAGAUGUUAUCAAUUUGACAGCGGUGGCUAUUAGAAGAUUAAUAAAAAUGGCUAAAAAAAUAAAUGCCUUCAAAAAUAUGUGCCAGGAAGAUCAACUAGCUCUUUUAAAAGGCGGUUGCACUGAAAUGAUGAUCUUGCGGUCAGCAUUGAAUUAUGAUUCUGAUAAAAAUAUGUGGAAAAUACCUCACAGUCAAGAAAAAAUGUCGAAAAUAAAAGUUGAAGUACUGAAAGAAGCUAAAGGUAAUCUUUAUUCUGAACAUGCAAGAUUUGUUGGAACUUUUGAUCCUCGUUGGCGAGAUGAAAAUAUUAUUUUAAUACUAAGUGCCAUUGCUUUAUUUACACCUGAUAGACCACGUGUUGUUCACAGCGACGUAAUUAAAUUAGAACAGAAUUCUUAUUAUUAUUUAUUAAGAAGGUAUUUAGAAAGUAUAUACCCAGGAUGUGAAGCAAAAUCAACGUUUUUAAAGCUCAUACAAAAAAUAUCCGAGCUUCACAGGCUUAAUAAUGAAGUUGUAGAUGUCUAUUUAAAUGUAAACCCUUCAAGUGUUGAGCCACUAUUAAUUGAAAUAUUCGAUUUAAAUCACUAGCGUACUGCUGAGCAAUUUUAUAAUGUAUUAUUAUAGUUAAAA